CACUGAAAUAUAAGUUCUCAAUUGGAAAAGUUACAUAUUCGCCGGCUCUGCGAAUAAAAGAAAGCAAGUCGAAUCAGCGCAGUUGAACAAUGAAAACUGCAACUCAUUGCGCAUUUCUAAUUAUCGCGACUAUAGUCGCAGUAAGCGGAGCAAAAGGAGUCGAGGGAGAACGCCCCUACAGACGGAGCUUCAUCAAUCCGUAUCCGCGCUACCAGUUCUUCGACGAUGGUGUCGAUCCCGGGGAGCCCCUGUUCCUGACGCCUCUGAUCAACAAUGCUUCGAUGAGCAAGCAAGAGGUUCAGAAGCUGGCCCGCGUCGUGGGCUCCCAGUUCCAUGGAGUUGAGAGCUACUCCGGCUAUUUGACCGUGGACCCCGGCUUCAAAUCCAACAUGUUCUUCUGGUACUUCCCCGCCGAGCAGGAGCCUGAAUAUGCGCCAGUGGUUCUGUGGCUUCAGGGUGGACCAGGUGCCUCCUCCCUGUUCGGCUUGUUCACGGAGAAUGGCCCACUGGAGUUGGACGGUUAUGGAAAGCUUCAGAAACGCAACUAUACCUGGAGCAAGACACACAAUCUCAUCUACAUAGACAAUCCCGUGGGCACUGGCUUCAGUUUUACAGAGAACGAUGCCGGCUAUGCUAGGAACGAGAAGGAUGUCGGCCGCAAUCUGCACGAGGCCGUGAUGCAGCUGUACGAACUCUUCAAAUGGCGCAACUCCUCCGGCUUCUGGGUCACCGGCGAGUCCUAUGCCGGAAAAUACGUGCCCGCCCUCGCUUACCACAUCCACAAGGUACAAAAUGCCAUAGAGACCCGCGUCUACGUGCCGCUCAAGGGCGUGGCCAUCGGAAAUGGUCUCUCGGAUCCUCUGCAUCAGCUAAAGUACGGUGACUAUCUCUACCAGCUGGGCCUGAUCGACGAGCACGGACUGAAUAGUUUCCACGAUGCCGAGGCGAAGGGAGCUGAAUGCAUCAAGAGUCACGACAUGGAGUGCGCCUUCGACGUAUUCGAUUCCCUAAUCAACGGGGACCUCACCAAUGGCUCACUGUUCAGCAACCUUACUGGAUACAGCUGGUACUACAACUACUUGAAGACGCAUGAUGAUGAUGGCGCCAACUUGGGCGAAUUUCUGCAGGCGGGAGCCACUCGGCGGGCAAUACAUGUGGGCAACAAGCCAUUCCAUGAUCUGGACAAGGAGAACAAGGUGGAACUUCACCUGAAGAAGGAUGUCAUGGACUCCGUGGCCCCGUGGAUAGCUGAACUGCUGGCCCACUAUACUGUGUGCAUCUACAGCGGGCAGCUGGACAUUAUUGUGGCCUAUCCACUGACGCGCAAUUAUCUCAACAAACUUAAGUUCCCCGGCUCGGACAAGUACAAGUUGGCUCCCCGCGAAGUGUGGCGCGUUGAUGGCGAAGUGGCCGGCUAUGUCAAACACGCCGGACAUCUGGUGGAGAUCAUGGUGCGCAAUGCCGGGCACAUGGCUCCUCACGAUCAGCCCAAGUGGCUGUACAUGAUAAUUGAUCACCUUACUCAUUACAAGCACUAGGAAAUGCGUACCUAAACUAUUCAAUACAAUUUGAAGACCAAAUUUAAAUCACUUUUUAUAAAAUUAAUCAUGAACAAUUUGGUGUGAGUUAUAAAUGCAUAAAUAUGUUGAUGAGAGCAUGGUUUUGUUAAUACUCAACUAAAUUCAUUAAUAUGUUAAAGAACUAUAUAUAACAAAGUUUAAAAAAAAUUCCUCUCGUAAAUAGUCAA